ACAGGCAGGUUUAUUGGCUACUUUUGAUCAUGUGGCGGGGAAUCCCCUUUUGAGAAGAUCGAAAGUUUGGCAUUUUGGUGCUACACGUCAUUUUCCACCGUAAGAAUGGGGACGUUGGGAGAAGAGAAUAGACAAUUUUCACACAAAGAACUGCUUCUAGUAUUCGAACCAGCGUUUGUUAAGAAUCUUAUCCCGUCACAUCUUCUGCCUUAUCUCCCAUUCCUCCGUGAAUCUCUAAACGAAAUCCGGAGAGCAGAAAGGAUCGUCUCAACACAAAAAGCGGUAACGGUGCUUUUCGAAAAGCUGCAGGCAGUGGAUGAAGAGAAAGAACCAGGGUGGUUUCAAACAUUUCUCGAUGCACUGAAAUCAGCGGAAUUUCAUCCCUUGGCCAACCUACUGCAAGACACUUUGACACAUUCGCCAGAGACAGAUGAAAACUGCAAGCAUAUCAUCAAUGUAUUCACUCCUCUUCUCUAUGAAAAGAUAAUACCCAGGGAUGUUCUACCAAAUCUUUUUGCUAAAGCGGUUAUCAGCCAGGUUGACAAGGAAGAAAUUAUGGCUGAAGAAACUAAUCAUGGCCCCCAAGCAGCUACCUUAAUGCUGAUAGACAGAAUAUACCGUCAUAAGCCUGGCUGGUACAGAGACUUUUUAGAGGUUUUAGAAGCAACUGGUUAUGAACAUCUUGUAAAGGAAAUAGACCCAGACUUUGUUUCAGGUGAAAAGAAGACCUUGGAUGCUGAUGGUGCAAAUGGUGGUGUUGGAAAUAAUGGAAAAGAAUCAGAGGAAGAUGGAGAAUAUUCCGGAUAUGUUUGUGAGGGUGUGGAGAAGCUUAACCUGACUGGCAGUUCAAGCAGUGGGAGUGACCACUUACCAGGACAACAGCAAACUGCACUGAAAGAGAUGGACAGCAGUAAUGUAGUAGACUUGAGAGCUUCAGUGAGAAGAGCAGGGGAAAAUCGUUUGUCAUACCCUGUGCAAGAGUCAUCUCAAGAAAUUGUAGAUGAGGAUACCAGUCAGGAAGCCCAAAACCUACGAAGUUUGGAGGAAUCUGAACCAGCUACAGAGGUUCCAAACAAUAAUACAAGCUCCUUUGAAGUUGAACCCAUGAUACAAGAUCCAGCUCUAACUGUCUCAGAUAAUGAGGCAUUGUAUAGCAGAACAGCAGAUGAAACACUAUCCAGUUCUGAGCCUUCACAGUUAAAGUUAAGGAACUAUCAGAAAGAGCUGGCCCAGCCAGGCCUUGAGGGGAAGAAUAUUAUUGUAUGUGCUCCUACUGGAAGUGGGAAAACUCGUGUGGCACUCGAGAUUACCAAGGAACAUCUAGAUAAAGCAGACAGAGGACGGAGAAAAGUUGUAUUUCUUGUCAACCAAGUGGAACUUAUGGAACAGCAGUUAGCAGUGUUCAAGAAAAACCUCACUGGCUACCGCACCUAUGGUUUGAGUGGAAAUGUAGAUACAAAAGUACCCUUGAGUGAGCUUCUGCCAAAGAAUGAUGUUAUUGUUUUAACAGCACAGAUUCUGCUUGAUGAGUUGAGAGAUAAUGUAUUAAAGGUUCAUGAUUUUUCUCUCAUGAUAUUCGAUGAAUGUCACCAUACCAAGAAAGGUCAUCCAUACAAUGGUAUUAUGGCCUUCUACAUUGACCAGAAACUAGUUCCCCCAGAUGUUGACAGCCAUCCUUCAAUUCAGAAAAAGUUGCCACAGGUUGUUGGACUUACAGCUUCUUUAGGUGUUGGGAAGGCUAAAAAUAUUGAAUCUGCAAAAGACCACAUCCUGCGAUUGUGUGCUAACUUAGAUACAGAGGUGUUGUCUACAGUUGUACAACAUGAGAAUGAAAUGCUGCAGUACGUGAAUGUACCCAAGUCAGAUAUUGUUCCUGUUGGUGAAAGAGCCAUGGAUCCAUUCAAAGAUAUCAUAUCUAGAAUAAUGGAAAAAAUUGAAAAUAAAAUUAAGUAUCUGCAUGGUCAGCAUCAACUACAAGAGAUAAGUGCAGCAGAUUUAAAUGCCCCUGCUGAUAAAGGAGAAGGCCCCUAUACUCAGUGGGUCCAUUCACUGAAGGGAAAAUUUGCAGUUAUUGAUGAUCAGAAAAUACGGUGGAAUUACAAAUCCUGCUUGACAAAUCUUUUGACAUAUCACCAGGCACUUUUGAUAAAUGAAUACUGCAGAACAAAAGAUGCUCUUGAGUACAUCAGAGAUGAGAAUUCAAAGAGAUCUACUCGUAGAAAUGUAGAGAUUGAUAACUGGCUUCAGCGAUUAUUUCAAGAAAAAGAAUCACAACUCGAUGCCAUUGCUGUAAGUGAUGCCUACCAAAAUCCCAAGCUUGCGGAACUUGAGGGUAUGCUCCGGAAAGCAUAUGAAGAGAAACCAGACUCCAGGGGUAUAGUGUUCUGUAAGACACGAGCACUUACUGAAAACUUAAGGUGCUGGAUGUUAGAAACAGAAAGUCUGAAAGCACUGAACCCUCAAUGCUUAGUAGGAACAAAUGCAGCAGUUGAAAGAAGAGGAAUGACUCCAAACCAGCAAGUAGACAUCUUAAAGUACUUUAAAGAUGGCAACACAAAACUUCUCAUAGCAACAAGUGUGGCUGAAGAAGGUUUAGACAUUCAGCAGUGUAACUUGGUUAUCAGAUAUGACUAUGUCACCAAUGAAAUAGCCAUGGUGCAGGCAAGGGGUCGUGGAAGGGCAGAAGGUAGCCACUAUGUCCUUCUAGCAGGGGUGAGAGGCACUGCUGAAAGAGAAGAAAUAAAUAUAAUUAGGGAAAUAAUGAUGAAGAAAGCUCUUCUUGCAGUCAAAAAAAUGAGUCCUCAGGAGUUUAGAGGCAAGAUCCACAAAUUUCAGAAAGAAGCAAAAUUUGAGCGAGAGAUUUUGAGGACCACUCAAAGACAAUUGGCCACUGAGGAUGAAUACGAACUGCGAUGUUUGAAGUGCGAUGUCUUUGCUUGCUUCUCUUUUGAUUUCCGUGUCAUCGAAGGAUCCCAUCAUGUGGUGCUUGAUAAAGAAUUCAUGGCAAGAGUGGAAGUCAAGCCUCACCCCCAUGGCCACAAAUAUGGGAACAUGGAAAAAACUGGCAAACUGCACUGCAAAAAAUGUGACAGCGAUUGGGGAAUUCAGUGUUUGUACAAAGGUGUGGUAUUACCAGUUCUGAAAGUAGUAAGUUUUGUGUUGGUGGAUAUGAAUGGAGAGAAGAAAUGGGAAAAAAAGUGGAAGAGCGUGCCAUUUAAAGUGCCGGAAAUCAAUGUAGAAGACUUGAGGAAGAUUGCAGCUAGUCAGUAAAAGGCUUAGCAGUGAACAACCAACUUUCUUUUGAGCAUCAAUUCCGAUUUGUGCCAGCUACUUUAUUUUGAAACCUGCACAUGUGAAAAUUUAUUAAAGUAUGAAAUGAAAAGGCCAACUUGUGUGGUCUGUGAAACUCAACUGGCUAGGAGGGAAAUUGGGACAGUUCUUUAGACAUAAAGAUGAUAGAUGUAUGUGUCAUAGUGGUGAUUUCACGGCCAAACUUCAUUUUAGAAACUUCCACAUUUAAAUCAAAUUAAAUCAACAUUUGGUAAAGAUUGUUCAGAUGUCUCCUUUAUAAUGAUAUCAUAUGAAUCUGUUUAUGUAUGUUAUUCAUUGGAAAGAACUGUAACCAAGUUUUAAAGGAUGUUUUCAGUUUUAAAAGGAUUGAAUAACUUUAUUUACGGCUUCAUCCCCAAGUUGGAGUUUAUAGCAGUCUGACUUUAAUUAUGUUAAAGGUCUCUAGUAAUAUGUAUUAAUUCUGUUAAUUGACUUCAAUAUCUCUGACUUGUUUUAGGAAUCACUGUAUGUAUUUUGUGUGUAUUAGUAUAUAAGGAGAAGAACUUUGUAUUAGAGAUCAGAGAUUGGAGAUCAGAGCUCGGAGUGAGUUUGGUCGGUCAAACCGAUAGCUGGAUUGUCCCUGCUGUCUUAGGAGACUCCAGAUCUCUCAGCCAGAGAAAUAAACGUAAAGAUCAGUCAUUUUGUAGUUGAUCUCUGGAAAACAUAUCACUGCUGUUGUGUUACCUGCUGGAGAAGUAACUCAGACCAAGUGUCCCCCGUGAUAUAUGUUUGUAAAUGUAGUCCAUGAUAAUGCGUAAUACACCAGAAAAAAGCUUGUAUUAUUUGUGCUUACUGAACUUGGUCACUGCUCCAUUGAUGUGUAAGUUUUACAAAGAAAAGUUCCAUGAUUUUAUAAUUUGAAAAAAUGGCAUUUUACAUUUAGAUUGAUGGAAACAAUGGAAGACAAAUUCUUAUCAUAUCUGAUACUAUAUCUUUAGAAGUACAUGUAGCUUUUAACAUUCAAUCAAGUUCAAUUAACAAGAUUGAUAAGAGUACUUAAAGAGCCAUAUAUUGUUAGUAAUUAAGGAACUCUUAAAAAUGACAUCACAUCUCGAAAUCCAAUUCAUAUAUACUAUCACAAUUAUUCAUAUAAUGCACAUUUUGAAAAUUUACUAAUAAAGUUUAAAUUCUCAAUAUUAGCUGUGUGCUUUGGCUCCAACAACUGCCAGAAUUCUAUGUAUGGAAUUGAGUCCAAAAUGGAUUUAAAAUGUGCAUGAAACUUCUCUUAAUUAUGAAAAGAGGAAAAGAAGCAUUUUGGAAAAGAAAUGCCCUUGGUUAAUGGUUGCCAUUUCAACAAUGGAGUGCCCCUAUCAUCAUCUGCUGACACGGAAAGUUCUUACUUUCUU